AGCCGAUACCUUACCUACUUGCAAAACAUGCGGCGCGGUCUACCACUUGGAAUAUAGACCCUGAGAAACGGAGGGAAUGGGAUCCGAUUCCUUUUUUUUUUUUUUUUUUAACUAGCUCCAUUCUAUUGGUGGGGAGAAAAGCAAACCAAUGCCUUAGGCCACUGCACCAUACCUCCGGCGGAAAACGGGAUUUGAACCUCCGGCACUAUGGACCAAUGCCUUCAGCCACUCCGCCAUACCUCCGGCGAAAAACGGGAUUUGAACGCGCUACUUCUGGCGUCAGAGACCAGCCCUCCAGCCAACUAGUGGAGGAGGAGGUGGAGGAGGUGGACGAGGUGGACGAGGUGGACGAGGUGGAGGAGGUGGAGGAGGUAGAGGAGGUGGAGGAGGUGGAGGAGGUAGAGGAGGUGGAGGAGAAGGUGGGUGAGGUGAAGGAGGUGGAGGAGGUGGGGAGGACGUGGAGCAUGUGGUGGAGGUGGAGAAGAGAUAAUAAUCUAGGGGAUGAGAGAAGAUGGGGCUUCGGAGAGGAGGAAGAGGAGGAGGAAGAGGAGGAAGAGGAGGAAGAGGAGGAAGAGGAGGAGGGAAUGUGAAGAGCCGGAAAGGGGGGUGAGGGAGACAGCGACAACCGACAUGGGCUGAAUAAGACGUAGCAGCAGCAGGAGGAGGGGAAGAGGAGUGGGGAAUUAAGCAGAACACGACGAGGGAGAAGAGAGCAUCAGGACAGAAGGUGAAGGAGGAACAGUAUUCCCUACGAUCUCACCACCGUCUUCCCCUGAACAGAACGCGCCCCGGUUAUGAAUGAAUACAAACAUCUUUC